CCAACUAAACAUAGCAAUAUCAGAAGAUAAUUAUAUCAUUAUCAACAUUAAAUAUAGGCAUGAUCUCAAAAUUAAUUUCAAAAUUCUUCAUCAUAAAAUCCAUGAUUUAUUAAUCCUUUUUAUAAAGUAAUGGAAUAGUUGCCAAACAUCUCAAAUCUUCCUUGCUUUGCCCGUAUUUGCAUCUCACUUGCCUCUUUUAGCACAAAGGUUUCUAUAGGAAGCAAAAUGGUUCUACUUCGACAGGGUAUGCAACAUGUUCGAAAUUACUAUAACUCUGAAGCACAAAUGAUCCGAAGCAACUUUCCGCGACCAUUCAUCUCACAAACUUACAAAAGCAGUUUCACAAAGCAAAAAUCAAAGGUAGAGAACAAAUUACUGGCAGCUAAGAAACAUAGUGAAGCAGAAAAGAGACGUAGAAUGCGAAUCAACGGUCAAUAUGAGACCCUCCGCAGUAUCCUCCCCAACUUGAUCAAAAAGGACAAAGCAUCAAUACUAGUGGAGACUAUCAAGCAAGUGAAGGAGCUGAAGAAAAAAGCAUCAAAUCUGGAAGAACAAAAUCGCGGUACCUUAAAGGAAGUCAAGUUUCCUAGUGGGGGAGACAGAUUGAAUUUGGAAAAGUGUAAUGAUGAAGAGGGUUUAGUGAAGGCUACAUUGAGUUGUGAGGAUAGGCCAGGAUUAAUGUCAUCUAUAGCAAGAGCAAUAGGGUCAAUGAAAGCCAAAGUUGUGAAGACUGAGAUGGUGACAGUGGGUGGAAGAACCAAAACUGUGUUGUGGGUGCAAGGUAUUGAAAAUGAAAGUAUGGGGAUGCUCAAGAGUACAUUGAAAGUUGUAAUGCAUAAGCCAAGCUUUAAGAUGCGGCGAUUUCCUCAGUAAUAGGAGACCACCAUCGUAAUUCUGACAAGCUCACUAUUAAUCCAAAUAUGAACACUGUGUUCUAGGAUUAAGUGCUGACUUAGGAACCAUUACUGUAAAGCUAAUUACAUGUUUCUUUUUUCUUUCUAGGUUUGACUAAUACAUAAUAAUGAAUUUAAGGGAUUUGUACAACUGAAGCUCUACCCAAAGGUUUCCAGCAGCUUUGUUACACUUAUUGCUUAUGUUUCCUUUUGGAAGAAACAUUCAGCUUUUACUUUA